AUGGAUCCCAACAUGCAAGAGAUGAUCUCAUCGUACCUUGAAAUCAAGAACCUGGUGGACGAUGAGGAAACAGCGACCUCGUCCGAUGAAGAGGAGAAAAAGGUGAGGUUUGUGGAGGUCCAGCUGAAGAGGAAAAGGCAGAGCCUCGAUGACGGUGGCUCGGGGAGGAGGAGGGCCGGCAGUGGAGCGGCGGGGCAGCCGCCGCUUUGCGUGGUGGAGGAAUGUGGGGCCGGACUAGAGGGGUUCAAGAAGUACUACCAAAGGCACAGGGUUUGUGUGGUCCACUCCAAGUCCCCUGUUGUGUUGGUUGAUGGCUUGAGGCAGAGGUUUUGUCAGCAGUGUAGCAGGUUUCACGAGCUAUCCGAGUUCGACAGCACAAAGAGGAGCUGCCGUAGGCGCCUGGUGGGCCACAACAUGCGGCGCAGGAAGAGCCCACUCGAGGCCCAGAAAGCCAGCCCUGCCCGAAUGUUAGAAAAAAGCCAGUACUGA